AUGAUCCCCACCAGAGCAACAACACGGGGAUCAACCACCUCGAAGCGGGCUACGGCUCAGCUUAUCAAGUCCUUCCAGAGCUACAAUGCUGGAUUCCGGCCCACAUUCGUUGCGGUACAGCACUUCCAGUCACCAGUUGGUCAGAGGCAUUUCACCUCUUCACCAAAUGGCGGAGCCAAGAUCGUAGAGUUCUUUGAGAAGCACCCGACAGAGAAGGUCCGCAAGACGCAUGCAGCAUGGCCUCAUCCAGUAUACACCGAAGAGCAGAUGAACCAAGUCACGAUCGCGCACCGAGAAGCGAAGACCAUGUCCGACAAGGUCGCCCUCAUCGCCGUAAAGAUCCUACGCUGGGGUCUUGACAAAGCAACUGGAUACAAGCAUCAGAAGGCUGUGGAUGUGGAUGCGAAAGACCCACUGGCAAAGCGGAAGGCUUUUGCAAUGAAUGAAGAGAAGUAUCUCAUUCGAAAUGUCUUCUUGGAGAGUGUGGCUGGUGUACCCGGCAUGGUCGCUGGUAUGCUUCGCCACUUGCACUCCAUGAGACGGAUGAAGCGCGACAAUGGAUGGAUUGAAUCGCUACUCGAAGAAAGCUACAACGAACGAAUGCACCUACUCGUCUUCCUCAAGAUGCAAAAGCCAGGACGCUUCAUGCGUCUGAUGGUAUUAGGCGCCCAAGGAGUCUGGUGCAACGCAUUGUUCUUCGCCUACCUCCUCAGUCCCCGCACCGUCCAUCGAUUCGUAGGAUAUCUCGAAGAGGAAGCCGUCAUCACAUACACACGCCAGAUCGAGGAUCUUGAUGCAGGCCGCCUGCCUAAGUGGGCGAAGAUGGAGGCACCCGAGAUCGCGGUAGACUACUGGCAGAUGCCUGAAGGCCACCGCACAAUGCGAGAUCUGCUCCUCUACAUCCGCGCAGACGAAUCCAAGCACCGAGAGGUUAAUCACACGUUCGGUAACCUCGACCAGAAGGAAGACCCUAACCCAUACGUGAGCGAAUACCGGAACCCAGAGGAGCCUCAUCCGACCAAGGACCUUGCCCACAUGAAGCCGACUGGCUGGGAGAGACACGAAAUCAUCUGA